CGAUCCGCAAAUUCCACUAUUGUGGAUAAUCCCUAUUGUGGUUAGCUUCACACAUAGUCGUAUGAGUUCUACAAUAGGGAAGGGCAUGGUAACAUGGACUGGAGUUUGACAGGAAUUUGUGGAACAAAUCCAAUGCAAGUCAAUAUCACCGAUAUUAGCAUAUUUCACAUGAGAGUUCUGGGGUGAAAGCAUCAAAGCAUGGAUUUAAUUUGCUGUCUCACCUUGUCCAUAGACUGCUUACAAGGGUGACAUACUGAAGAGAGGUCUGUAGCGAUGGAGGAUUUCUGGGUGGUGGUCCUGGCAGGGCUGAAGGUGUGGGUCUACCUCAUUGUGGCUCUUCUCAUGGUGCCUGCCAUGUUUGGCUUCUCCCUGGGCAUCUCUGAGACAUACAUGAAGAUCCUGGUCAAAACCCUUGAGUGGGCCACGUUGAGGAUCCAGACAGUCAACAAAGAGCAGCAUAUAAUCGAAUCCUCCUCAUCCAACGGCCUCAUCCAGAGGGAUGAUGGUUCUAUGGAGGAGGCGCUUGGGGAGUUGAGGCGCAGUCGCCCUAAACCACCAGUAGGAGGGGACUUCACACUCAGCGACUGUUUCUACUUCUACAGACGAGGCAUCGAGGACAUCGUAGAGGAUGAGGUGACCCAGCGGUUUUCGUCAGAGGAGCUGGUGUCGUGGAACCUGCUAACUCGCACCAACAUCGACUUCCAGUACAUCAGCCUCAAACUGACUAUGGUCUGGGGCCUGGGCGUGUUCAUACGCUACUGCAUCCUGGCUCCACUCAGGAUCACGCUGGCAUCUAUAGGCCUGACCUGGCUGGUGAUAGGAACCACUGCUGUAGGAUUCCUCCCUAACUGGAGGCUGAAGUCCUGGCUGAGCGAUUGGGUCCAUGUGAUGUGCUACAGGAUCUGUGCCCGAGGCCUCUCCUGCACCAUCCACUACUAUAACAAAGAAAACAGACCCAGAAAAGGAGGAAUCUGUGUGGCCAAUCACACCUCCCCGAUUGAUAUCGUAAUUCUCUGCAACGAUGGGUGUUACGCCAUGGUGGGCCAGUCACAUGGUGGUCUGAUGGGAGUGCUGCAGAGGGCCAUGGCCAGGUCCUGUCCUCACAUCUGGUUUGAGAGAGCUGAUAUGAAAGAUCGCCACCUGGUGGCCAAGAGGUUGACGGAUCAUGUGAAUGACAACACAAAGCUUCCUAUAUUGAUCUUUCCAGAAGCAAGCAGUUGCUUAUCAACAGAGUUUGUUGUUAGCAUGACCAUCUGUAGAGCAUCUACAGAUGGAAAAUCCGGACUAUCCGAAUCGGUAAGUGCUACAUUGGCCAAAUGGAUUAGCAUGAAGUUGCCCUUAGACACUGAUUUAAGCCAGUGCCUUGGUUAGUUAGGGUAAGCUGAUCCUACACCUACAAAUAUACAUAUGCUUUAUACCAGGUAUUCCCAAACUGAAAUAAUUUUCUUCACAUUUUCAAACAGUACAUUUUGUAUUUUCCAACGGGGCUAUACAUUUGGGUGAGUUUUUUUCUUUCUUGCCUGAGGAGCCUAGUUUGACUGCCAAAAGUUAAUUUAAACCAUCUAGUGGUCAGCGAAAUAACAACACAAUGUCAAAUACAGGUAGUCUUGUCAAAUAAUUAACAUCCAAUCACGUUCGCCGUUACUCUCACGGGAAACAUUCUCUCUUGCGCAGACAUUUAGAAACGAAACAUGACCAUUUGAAAAAUAAGCCACAGGAUUUUUUAAAUAAAAAAGAAAGACGUUUGAGUAGUAAGACAUGUAUAAAAGAAACAGAUACCAUUAGUAAGACGGGGCUAGAAGCGUCUUAUAUGGUGAGCUACCUAGUGGCUAGGACAGGCAAGACCCAUGCUAUUGUGGAGGACUUCAUUCUUCCUGCUGCCUUCGAUAUGGCAGAGACAAUGUUGGGAGAAAAGGCCAAAAAAACUAUACAGACAAUGUCUCAAUGAAACAACACUGUUUCACGAUGCAUCAGUGACAUGGCAGGAGAUGUUUUGAAACAAUUACUAUGCGUUUCAGCUGGAUGAGUCAACAGACGUGGUGGGCCUGGCACAUCUCCUGGUAUAUGUCAGUUACGUUUAUGGGGGGUCAAUUAAGGAAGACAUCCUCUUCUGGAAACCAGGAAAACAUGAGGAUAUUUUUAAAGUACUGGACAGCUUUUUGACAUCAAAUUGAAUUUGGUGGUCAAGAUGUUGGUAUCUGUACUGAUGGUGCAACAUCCAUGACAGGAAGACAUAGUGGAGUGGUAACGCACAUUUCUUUUUAAAUUGAGAGAUGAGUUUAAAGUUUUCUUUACUGACCAUAAUUUUCACUUGUCUGACCUCUUGCAUGAUGACGAAUUUCUCAUACGACUGGUCUAUCUGGGUGAUGUCUUUUCUCGCCUGAAUGAUCUGAAUCUAGGAUUACAUGGACUCUCUGCAACUAUAUUCAAUGUGCGGGACAACAUUGAGGCUAUGAUUAAGAAGUUGGAGCUCUUCUCUGUCUGCAUUAACAAGGACAACACGCAGGUCUUUCCAUCAUUGUAUGAUUAUUUUGAGUGCAAAUGAAUUCAAGCUUACGGACAAUGUCAAAUGUGAUAUAUCGAAGCACCUGAUUAAGCUGGGUACGCAGAUACUUUCCUGAAACAGACGAAACAUGCCACUGGAUUCCUCUAUACCUUUCAUGCCCUGCCUCUAGUCCACUUACCGAUAUCUGAAAAAAAGAGCCUGUGAAAAUUAAAUUUAAUCAGAAGCCACUGCCAGAUUUCUGGAUACUACGCUCAGAGUUUCUUGCCUUGGCAAAUUGCGCUGUUAAGACAUGUACAUAUGUGAGAGUGGAUUCUCAGAUCUCACUAGCAUGAAAACUAAAUACAGGCACAGACUGUGUAGAAAAUGAUUUAAGACUGAGACUCCAAUACAACUCAACAUUGCAGAGUUAUGAGCAUCUUUUCAAGCACACCCUUCUCAUUAACCUGUGGUGAGUUAUUCACAAUUUUUGGAUGAACAAAUACAGUUUUAUGUGUAAGAUGGCUAAAUAAAGAGCAAAAUGAUU